GCCCGCGCGCCCCGCCCGCCCGCUGUCCCCAUGACGUUUGACGGACGUGGCCGCGGCGGCCGGAUCUAACCCGGAAGCGCGGGCCUGGGGACGCCAGGCAGCCCCGGCGGAGCGGGCCGGCGCGGCGCGGCGCCUCGGCCGGAGCCAUGACCUCGCUGACCCAGCGCAGCUCGGGCCUGGUGCAGCGGCGCACCGAGGCGUCGCGCAACGCCGCCGACAAGGAGCGGGCGGCGGGCGGCGGCGGCGGCGGCGGCGAGGACGACGCGCAGGGCCGCCGCGACGAGCAGGACGACGACGACAAGGGCGACUCCAAGGAAACGCGGCUGACCCUGAUGGAGGAGGUGCUGCUGCUGGGCCUCAAGGACCGAGAGGGUUACACAUCAUUUUGGAAUGACUGUAUAUCAUCUGGAUUACGUGGCUGUAUGUUAAUUGAAUUAGCAUUGAGAGGAAGGUUACAACUAGAGGCUUGUGGAAUGAGGCGUAAGAGCCUGUUAACACGAAAGGUGAUCUGUAAGUCAGAUGCUCCAACAGGGGAUGUUCUUCUUGAUGAAGCGCUAAAGCAUGUUAAGGAGACUCAGCCUCCAGAAACGGUCCAGAAUUGGAUUGAAUUACUAAGUGGUGAGACAUGGAAUCCAUUAAAAUUGCAUUAUCAGUUAAGAAAUGUAAGGGAACGCUUAGCUAAGAACCUGGUGGAGAAGGGCGUACUGACGACGGAGAAACAGAACUUCCUCCUCUUUGACAUGACGACCCAUCCUCUCACCAAUAACAACAUUAAGCAGCGCCUCAUCAGGAAGGUCCAAGAAGCCGUUCUCGACAAAUGGGUGAACGACCCUCACCGCAUGGACAAGCGCCUGCUGGCUCUCAUCUACCUAGCCCACGCCUCCGACGUUCUGGAGAAUGCUUUUGCUCCUCUUUUGGACGAGCAGUACGAUCUGGCCACCAAGCGCGUCCGGCAGCUUCUCGACUUGGACCCCGAGGUGGAGUGUCUGAAGGCCAGCACCAGCGAGGUCCUGUGGGCCGUGGUGGCCGCGUUCACCAAGUAGCUCCGCUCGGAAUGAAGCGUUCUCUUCUCAAGGAAACCAGUAGUUUGCUUGUUUUUUCUCUUUCUGUUGACUUCUGGUUUUCUGCAGUUUGUACUUUCCAUUCUAGAAUUGGCUUUUCUGUUACUAAUUGGUGGGUGGCUGUUUCUUUUUGUAUGUAUGCAGGAUUCUGCUGGUACGAGAGGCCUUCCUCUUUCUGUUCCGAAAGUCACACUGCCACGUUGGCAUUUCAUUCCUUGUUGCCGUUGUCACGGUUGCCUGUCGGGUCUCUGGCGUGCGUUGGCUUCCCAAAGCACCUCCAGCCUCCCCACAUGCGCGUCUUUGGGAUGACCUCAGUUUGAGUUUUCCCCUUGUGCAUGUGCAUCCCACAUCCUGCCUACAGCGCAGACAGAAGUCACAAAAAGGCCUUUAACUCACCAAAGGUAAAUAUCUGUAUCUAUUAGGACAUUUUCUACAUAGACCUCAGUUGAGAUGUAUACUUAGCAAAAUUAUUUUUAAAAUUGAGACAGCACAGUAAGUAAUAUAAAAUGCCCCUUGAAUUUUGCUUCCCGUGUAAAUCUCUUGUAUUAUUACACUUGUUAUACUUUUAAUUAUAAGUCAUCAAGGUCCAAUCGUUUCACAGAGCCAGUUUGGGAUGGGCUGCAUUCCAGUUGUGCUGUAUAUAGUUUGAAUUAUAUAGAAGUUGUCCCUUCUCGUGGCCACUCCUGCCUCCAUCUUAGUAUUUCUAAAGUUUAACUAGUCGUACACCUGGUGCCCCUUAUUUGCUUCGGACAUUAUAUUUGAUGGCGGAUCAGAACCUCUCAUCAGUGAUGGAGCGUGACAGGAUCUGUGUCUUGAUUGGUUCCAAAUUGUUGAGUUGUGCCAUUCAUGGUACUUUGCCUAUGCAUCCCCUGUUCGGAAUUUCUGUUCCUUUUUUGGGUCUCACUCUUUUUUAUCACUUCUGUAGGGAAGAGACUUGUGACCAGUACUAAUCUUGAGUACAGUUUUUUCUUUCUCUGUCCAUGAGUAAAUUAAUGUCUAUGCUUAAAUGUCAUUUAUCUACUCACACUUUUUUGGGGGAAAAAAAUCAAAUGUCACUUCUAGCAGAUGUUGCAUGUAAAUUGUUAGCAAGUAAUGACUACAACUCAGAUGAUUAAGAAUUUGUAAGAGAAAGCUCUGCUUUGUUUCAAUUUUUAUAUAUAAUUAUGAUAAUUAGCACAUCAUAAGAAUAUAAGCCUUUACUUUUUAAAGUUUAUUUUUACUAUGUCUUUGUCACGGUUUAUCGUAUCAUCAUUGGUUCAUAAUGUAAAUACUAUAUAUUGAACAAAUUAAAUGUCAAAUUUUUUAUUACAUAGUUCAUGUUAAUAGUGGGGCUUUCAGGUGUUUUGAGAUUUCUUUGGUUAACUUUCGAUGCAAAAGUACUAGAUGGUGUAUAACUCUUAGAGUUGAAUUUUAAGGGAUUCCCUAAUAUGUAUACUAUCUUUUUAUCUGAAGUAAUAAACUAUGAUCUUGAAAGUGCCUGAAUCAGA